CACCUGUACGGAAGCCCCAUCAAACAUUUCAUUGGGUCACAGAGGCACACUCGUGUGAUAGACAGGUUAGUUGGCCAAUAAGAUCAUCGGAAAGGCGGGGCUACAUCGCAGCACAAUGACGUAAGUGUUUGCCUUGAGAUGAGACAGCAGGGCGAAACUUAGUUGAGGUAGCUCGGCAACAUCGUGUCAAAGUUGAUUAGCUGCAAUGUUUAGCGUAUUCGGAACCUGUUUUUCUUAACGGCUACUUUAUGUACGCUAUACCCGUCGACAGAAGGAAAUACUUUUUUGGAUUCUGAGAGUCUUUAACGCAUGAAACGCACGUAGUAAUGAAGCGCAAGUGAUCAACUGAUGCGUCUCAUAAACAAAGUUUCCUUGAAGAGCGCCUUGUGGUUCUCCAGAAGAGCAUAACGUCUGUAUAUCUGAAAACACGGACUUGUUAUUAAGCCGUUAAGAAGAUUAUAGCCAUGACGGGUAGAGAGGACGAGUAUGACUAUCUCUUUAAAGUGGUUCUGAUCGGCGACUCGGGUGUGGGCAAGAGUAACCUGCUCUCUCGCUUCACCCGCAAUGAGUUUAACCUGGAGAGCAAGAGCACCAUCGGGGUGGAGUUUGCCACACGCAGCAUCCAUGUGGAGGGCAAGACCGUCAAGGCCCAGAUCUGGGAUACGGCUGGACAGGAGAGAUACAGGGCCAUCACAUCAGCAUAUUACAGAGGUGCUGUAGGAGCCCUGCUGGUCUAUGACAUUGCCAAGCACCUGACCUAUGAGAACGCCGAGCGCUGGCUGAAAGAGCUGCAGAAUCAUGCUGACAGCAAUAUUGUCAUCAUGUUAGUAGGGAACAAAAGUGACUUGCGCCAUCUGAGGGCCGUUCCUAUGGAUGAAUCCAAAGCAUUUGCAGAGAAGCAUGGACUUUCUUUCCUGGAGACCUCAGCGCUGGACUCUUCUAAUGUUGAACUUGCCUUUCAGACCGUUCUUACAGAAAUCUACCGUAUCGUGUCCCAGAGGCAGAUGUCAGGGCGUGGCGAUGACAGCUUCUCCCCCAGUGGUUCCAGAGUGGUUCCCAUUACCGUGCAGCCCACACAGAAUUCGGGCAAGCAGGGUGCUUGCUGUCAGAAUAACUGAGCUGCCACAGCGCCACCAUGGAAUCUGGGGAAAAUCGUCAACUUUGUUGGGCUGGGCUGCAAGGUUGACCAUGACCGUUGUAUUCCCUGUGCGUGGUGUGCUUAACGUAUGUAACAGACUUGCUUAGUUAUGCCCAGAAUCAGUGAGUAAUAAUCUUCAAAAUUGGAGAACAAGAGAUAUUGAAAUUGAAUGGAUCAAAGAUUUUCUCAGAAAUGAGAGGCCAUGCUUCUUGUUUCAGACUUAUUAGAAAUGAGCAGUUAGCUGGGGCGCUCAGACGUGGCUGCUCUUUUUAUUUUAUUCCUGCACUUUUUGCCACAGAGUUUGCUUACAAACAACGGGCUGGAAGAGUGAGAAAAAGUGCUUAGAAUGUGUAAUGCUACUUUUAAGUAACUCUUGAAUGGUUUCUGAUCACAAUGGGGAUUCACUUGUGAAAUUGUAUAUUCUUUUUCCUUUAGUGUGCCAGCGCAGAAGUAGUCUGACAUCUUUUCCAUGCAUCUCAACACCUGAGAAAUUCACACUGUAGUCAUCAUAGUUCGCUCAAUUCUUACACUGUAACGGCCCUCUUGUAUUUAUUGAAUGCAAAUAUGAUCUUGUUGUUCUGUGGUGUUUUUGCUUUUUUUUUUGUCAUGCUUUUAUCCGUCACUAGAUUAUUGAUCAGAAUUUCUCAAGGGUUUCUCCUUCCAGUCAUGGCACUCAUUUGCACAAGCGCUGGGAGUGUUUUCUGUGGAUCAGAGUAAUGUUAAUGGGUUAAGUUAAUGGCUGUAUGUGCUGUAAUGUUUAAUAAGAGUACAGUAUGUUCAGAUUUAGGGUUGGGAAUCGUUGACAAGUUCUUAAAUUGUUUGAUUAUUUUUAUGACACUUGAUUUGGUUAUCGUUUCUUGAACUUAUGCAUUCUAAAUCUAUGCUAUUUUAUGCAUAAUAAAAUAUACAAUAUAGAGCCGCUUUAAAGUUUUUGUUGUCAUGAUGACCAGUAUGCAUCUUAUUUAUUCCCGGCUGUGCAUUAACAUCAGCAAUGAACUUUCGGCAUAUUAUUUUUGACAUUUGAAAGUACGAAAACACACCAUUUGUGGUAUGCAUGUCACUUGUGUGGUGCUUUUUCUCCCCAUAGGAUAAUUUAUAUAAAAGAUAAUUUAUUAUUAUAUUCAUUUAUGAUUUGUUUCCGUGUUCCAAAUGUUCUUUAAUUUUUACCUUAAAUUACUACAAAUGAAUUAAGGUGCCAGAAUUAUAAAAAAAAUAGUUCAUCCAGUCAUAUUAUCAUAUAAUUUACUCAAAUUAGGACACAGUUUAUUAUUUUGUGAGAACUAUUUCUUUAAAUCCCUAUGAUUCCCAUCCCUACUCGGAGUACAGAUGUUUGUUUUCCUGCUUUGACUUUAUGAUGUUGGAAAUUAGCAUGAUUAGUUUUGCUUUAGCUGGUUUCUGGGUGUUGUUUUUGACUAAUAGCUUUUUUCUGCUUGGAAAAUGAGCGGCAGGUGGGAUGCAGUUUUCUAAUAGGAGCUUCUAUGAUUGGGUACAUUGACCAUAUUAUAUUGCAAGGCAGGGGAACUGAUGGCUUGUGAUGUACUGCUGAGGUUUUCUUACUGGCAGUGAAUUCCUCGCUGGCCACUCUUGUUAUCUGCUACAUGUAACCCGAAGAGCAGUAGUUCUCUUGAGAUCUCACUCACUGUCCCGCCUUUUCUGUCUUCUACGGCUUUUGGUGUGGUUUUAUCUUUGCAUAUGUGUGCGGUGGUGUCCAGAUCCUCCGUGCCUCAGGACAGGACAGCCGGCUCGUGUUUUUGUCUUUAUUUUUAUAGUAGUUUUGUCAUUUGUUUAAAGACACGAGGUGCUUCCCUAAAUGCCUUGCAUGUAAGAUUUAUGCUAAUGGCAUCAAUCUGCUAUGCUGAAUAUCAGCAGUUUAGCCGGAGUCGUUGAUAAUUACUGCUUUGGGAAGAUUCUGUCAUCGUGCCUGUUCUUUUCCCAGUGGGACUCCUGAACAAAGACUCUGAAUACUGCAAA